UUCAUUGGAUGAUAUGAUGUCUCUUCACGAGGACCUCUUAAAUACUACUGUCUACCAUAAAAAAUUACGACCUGGAAGAAAUCAGAGUGAACCGACAAUAGUUUCCAUGAAGAUGACUCUUGAUAACCUAGUGGACAUUGAUGAGAUCGCCGGGGCAGUGAAAAUCACUGCAAAACUGGAGGUCAGUUGGACUGAUGACAGAAUCAGGUGGAAUCCAACGGACUUCAACGGGGUUGAUAAAGUUCUGUUUCAAAUGGGAGAUAUUUGGGUUCCCGAUUUGUAUACCAUGUCUUCACUAUCCAGUAAACCAGCUCUGGGAAUGGAUGAAUUUAUUGUGAGAUAUACUCAUGAUGGAAGGGCAUUUUGGGAAGUUUCCGAUAUGUUUUGGAGUACAUGCGAUAUCCGCAUUGUGUAUUACCCAGUGGAUAUGCAGACGUGCCAGAUUAUUUUUUCAACCAUUGGAUAUACUUCUGAUGAUGUCAAACUAAAAGUUACUGAGAGAACGUUAGUAACAGAUGCCUACAAAGAUAGCAGCGCCUGGAAGCUAAAAACAGCAAAAGCUUUCGUGGUAAGAGGAACGUCAUCGGCAUCUGACGUGUUUAUUGGUGAGGUGACGUACGAGCGACGAUCUACGAUUUACAUUGUAACUAUUGUGGUUCCACCGGCAGUGAUGGGGUUCGUCCACCUUCUGGUAUUUUUCCUUCCAGACGACUCCGGGGAGCGGGUGGGUUUUUCGGUGACUGUUCUCCUGUCUUUGGCAGUAUAUCAGAGCAUGCUCAGCGAAGCACUACCAAAAGCAUCAAGACCACAGAUACCUGUGUUGAGUGUGAAAAUCUUUGCUGAUCUCCUCACAAGUUCUCUGAUACAGGUGUGUGUUGUUGUCAGUCAGUACUUGUACGUAAAAGAGCAAAAGAGAGAAGAGUUACCCCGAGCCGGCAAAAGACUUUCUCGAUGUCUGUUGUGCUUGAAAAGAAAGACAGCCGUAAAAGCAGCAGAUGAUUGUUCCGAGGACGAGUCAAAAGAAGAAAAGAAUGUGCAAACUCCAGUAGAUAGUACUGCAGAUGUAUACCAAGUCAGGAGAAUUUUUAACAUAGUGUGUGGAUGCUACUUUCUCCUUGCAACAGUGGCAGCAAAUGUUGCAAUAGUGUGUGUGUUCUCAGAUCCUGCUCACUUCCAAGCUGAGUUAUAA